AUGUUAUGUGACAACUUUUUCAAUAUAACAUAUGUGUCAAAUACAAAAAGUCGUGUUCAGAAAUUAUCUUUGGAAUUUGAUAUAAUUGAAUAUGGUUUAUGCAGCUCUGCUACAAAUCGGUUGAUUACUUCAAAGGACCAUGCGUCUGUUCAGAUUAACAUUGGACAUUUGGAUGAAUCUGGCCGCUACACUGGCCAGUUCUCCACUUUUGCCCUCUGUGGUUUCGUCCGUGCCCAGGGAGAUGCUGACAGUGCCCUUGACAGGCUAUGGCAAAAGAAGAAAGUGGAAGCUCGUCAAUAGUUAUUAUAAUAAGUUUUGUUUCGUUUCGAUGUUUUGAGUUUCAUUGCAGUCAUACACUUAGUGUUGUUAAGUACUAUUUCCAUCUCUCAUGCUGUUGGUUCGUAAGUUUGACUUGCUACACAAUUGUUCCAAGCUAUCCCUAGUUUUUAAUAUUGUCUUCAGAUUUUAACUCUAA